AUGCAAACAUUUAAUGAAUUGCAUGAAUCAAAUACUAAUUCGGAUUCGGAAAAUGAUUCAGCAUUAAUGCAAGAUGCUCAUUCUGAAGUGAUUUCAUCAUCGAUAACAACAAAUGGUUCUUCAUCGUUAAGUGAUGAUGAAAGUUUUUUAAUUAUUUCCAAGACAAAACCUCAAAGAAUUGAAAAAUUUUUAAAUAGAAGAAAUAAACGAAAAUUAAUAAAAUGUGCUAAAAUAACUGGAUUAAUUAAUGAAUUAUAUCGAAAACAAAUAUGGCCUUUAAUACUUAACUCACCAUCUUAUUGUACAGUUGAAUAUGAUAAUAAUAAAAAAUUAUAUUUUUGCCCAAUUGAUUAUUAUUCAGCAGAUAAAGAGCAAAUCGAAUCACAUCGAUACUAUGGACAAGUUAGAAUGGAUGUUGAAAGAACAUUGAAACGAUUUCCACCAAAUUAUUCGGAUUCAGGUAGAAUUGAACUACAAGAGAAACUUAUUGUUGUUGUUAUAAAAAUGUUAAUCAAACAUGAUUAUCUUAAUUAUUAUCAAGGUUAUCAUGAUAUUUGUUUGACAUUUUUACUUGUACUCGGUGCCGAUCUUUGUCUUCCAUUUAUUGAUACCGUAACGAAAUCCCAUUUCAAAGAUUUUAUGGAACCAACGAUGGAAAAAACACGAGAUUUACUAUCAUAUUUAAUGCCACUUAUUAAUUGCACCAAUAGUAAAUGUGCUGAAUACAUGCAACGAGGUGGCGUUGGAAAUGUAAUGUUUGCAUUAUCAUGGUUUAUAACAUGGUAUUCACAUGUAUUAAAUGAUCUUGACGUAAUUCUUCGACUUUAUGACCUAUUUAUUGUUUCCCAUUUUCUUAUGCCGAUAUAUGUAGCUGCUGAAAUUGUCAAUUAUCAUGCUGAUCAAGUUUUAUCGAUCGACUGUGAUAUGCCUUCAUUACAUCAAUAUUUAACACGAUUACCCAGUGAAUUAGAUAGUAAUACAUGGGAAGAAAUUAUAAACAGAUCAUCCCAUCUAUUUCGAAAUCAUCAUCCCGAUACACUUGAUGUAUUAAAUGAUGAAUGGAUUAAAAAAUGUGAGUCCAUUGAUCACUCACCGAUGGAAGUAUCUCUCCGAAGAAGAUAUGGUAAAGAUUCAUUCGAAAAUGACAAUGAUGGUGAAAAAUCUGCGUAUACCAAUGAUCGAAAUGAACAUCAAGGUGCAUUACCACGUAUUGUUUUGUGGGGUGUGACACUAACAAUUAGUGGUUUAGCUAUUUAUAUAUGGAAUCAUACACAACGAACAGAUCCGACUACAUUUAUUAGUCUCGGAGAUUUUCUUGCACAAUUAUAUGGAAAAUAA